AUGAGUGACUUGCAACCUAUGAGCGGCAAAAAUAGUUUCCAACUGGCAUUGAUGAUUAUGGGUAUUGUUGGUGCCGCUGCCAGUGGUACAAUGACAUUAUACAAAGUUAUGUGGUAUACCGUGGAGAAUAUUGACGCAGCCCGCGUUUUCAUAGCGCGCUUAUAUGUGACUUUCUUUGCUGUGAUCAUGCCGUCGGCUGAAUUGGGAAUGAUGGAACACAAUGAAAUGGUAAAGUUUCUCCUAUCAUAUGUUGGCCGUGCUUUUCUUUAUUUAUUCAUGGGUGGUUUGCUGCUGGGGGAGGAAGUGGCGAGUUGCAUUAUUGGUGUAUUUAUGAUCGUGCUUAGUAUUAUGAAUAUAGUUGGACAGGUAAUAGCUAAUAAGAGUUAA